AUGGCGAAGGAGUUCACGGAGGCCCUGCUCGGCGCGGCGGAGACGGAGCUGUCUGAGGAACCCCGGAGGCGGCGCACCACGGAAUGGAACAUGACCAUCGCGGCACGGACAGCCCUGGCGACCGCCCUUGACAAGCGACGGGCUGCGCGACAUUCCUUCAAGGCCGGACCGAACGCAGCAACGUGGAGGAUCCUCAAAGCAACGUGCAAGGGGGUGAAGGCAACAAUCGCAACGAGCAUCUACGACCACCUGGAAAGAUACGUGACGGAGCUCGAAGCGAUCUACCAGGACCGCGACAUGCGGGGGCUGUACCAACACCUCAAGCGGUCAACGGGCCUCAGCGGGAGACAAGCUGGGGGGCAGCAGUUCGUUACAGACGAGAACGGCGUGCUACUCCG